CUUUAUUAAAAAAAAAAAAUCACAAAAUCAAAUAUCGCAAUAUAACUUCUGUGUCGUAUUUAACAUGGCUGAUAAUACAACUAACUUAUCAGUAUAUUGUCACAAAUAGCUCCAAGUACUUCAGUUUAUUGUUUGAGAGAAAUAAAAAAAUUAUAUAAAUAAAUAUCUAUCGACAAACUGAAUAUCCAUCACAAUUUUUUAAUAAUUUUACUUGAACGAACUAUACCAAAAAAGAGUUCUAUAAUUUCUCGAAAACGGUUUCGCCGACGGGUUUUAAUGAUGAAACUUAAUUUAUUCGUAGCUAUUGCGGCUGCUUUCGUUGUUAGCUGUUUAUCGAAAGAUGUAGUUUUAAGUACAAAUCUAAAUCAAAGCCUUCGGAAGAGGUCUCUCCCGUAUGAAGAUUGCGGAUCUCGCUACGAUAUUCUACUUUUGGAAAUUUCAAGUUGUAAUACGAUACCAUGCUCAAUGGAAAGAUCCAGUGUUGUGUAUGUUCAUGCAGUUUUUAAUGACAAAGAUAGUGACACACAAUUUUUAAAGCAUAGUGUUAGAUGGGUGUUCAAUGCUAUUAGAACUCAAGCAACCAUUAGUCCGGAUCCAUGUGAUGGACAAGAUGAAUGCAUUACAAAUAAUCCAGAAGGAAAGUCAUAUUCGGCGGCUGUUUAUGUGAAUAGUUCAUUGCCAGUGAUGCGGGGAACAAUGAUAUGGGAAGCUGGCGAUAAUAAAGAUGCAAGUUUGAUUUGUUUCAAAAUUCCAAUUUAUAUUACAGUAAAUUAAUAAUGAAUGUAUACCGACUUUUUAAAUUGCAUAUACAAUUUAAUUUGUACUGCUGAUGAGAUUGUGAAUAAAAAAUACU